CCUCUUUCCUUCCUUCCCUGCUCCUUCCGUCCAUCUCUCCUUCCCCCCUCCCUUCCCUUCCUCUCCUAUUUGUCAACCUCAUCAACGAAGACGCGUUGACUACCCCCUGUCUACCUCUUCCUUCCUUCCUUCAACCUCUUUCCUUCUUUCCCUCCUUCCGUUCUUCCUUCCCCUUUCCUUCUCCCUCGCUUCUCAUCUGUCAACCUCACCAACGAACACGCCAUAGACGACCCCCUACCCCUGGGCCUAGAGCAGUGCGGUGGUUGUGACGGCGGGAGGUAAGAGGAGCGUGACACUGUCCCCGGAGACCGUUACACCAUCAGCCUAUACCCACUGCGGCAAAUAAAGGUUGCGCAAGCAAGUGGAGACAAGCCGGACGGGGUUACCAUCACAGGUCAACAGCGUGAUACAGUAAGCCAGGACUAUUACCCUGGAUGUCUGCCGGGAUUCGCCAUGCCCUCCGCUAGCCCCAUGUAUACGUUUUCCAGUGAGUUCACAGAGGCUGCCACAGCGUCUAUGCUGCACCAGGACACAAGAACCAAAUUCCAGCAGACCGGAUCGGAAGAUCUACCAGCUUUGACUCUCCAGGUCCUUUCAGAAGGUGACAGCAACAAUAACAACAGAAACAUCGACGGCAUCAGCAACAACAACAGCUGCAGCAACAACAGUAGUCCCAUGCACUGCAAUAGUGGUGGGGGCAGAGUAGAUGGUGGGGGUUGCGCAGUAGACAGCAACACAAUACCUUACAAUCCGUUCAAGUGCCUGAGCGCUAUGGCCGAGCAGACCUUCGAAUCCCCUCACAGCCUAACGACGCUCAAGUGCUGCAGUGCCUCCCCACCAGUCCUUUUGAAUAAUGGAACUCUGAAUUCUUCGAUAAGACAAGGAAGUAACGUCGUUGCGGUUGAUAAUAAAGGAAAUAAUAGCAACAACAAUAACCCACAAAGAGUAAGAAGAGGAGGAGGAGGAGGGGAAAGAGGAGGAAGAGGGGGAGAAAGUGGAGGUGGGAGGAGGAUAGGAGUGAACACGCCCAUCACAACAAACACCAACGCAUCCUCCUCCCUGUCCUCCUCCCUUCAUGCUCAUCAUAACAGCCAUCGCCAAUAUGACCAGCAACAACAGCCUCACCUUCUCCAGCAAUAUCAGCCUUGUGAUGCUACAAACAAUGCGAAGAGAUUAUCAUUUUUCUCUUCGUCCUCACCCUCGCCCUCACUUUUAUCGUCGCCUGGGUCGUCUUCUUCAUCACCAUCGUUAUCUCCAUCGUCGUCUUCUGCGUCUUGCUGCUUGUACGCACCCGACACAAACCAACAGGCUCCGUCUGGCUGUUACUCUGACUUCUUAAACACUGACCACCCUUCUGAAUAUUAUUCCAAAACGCAACAGCACCCAAAUGAGACCUCACGAGUGAACGAAUUUGCCUCGGCUGUAAAUAACUCCGAAAGCCCAUUUUCGCCAUGCGCAUCUCCCUGCAGCGGCAGCAAUAAUAAUAGUAAUAAUAAUAACAAUAAUAGUUAUAACAAUGACAGCCAUAAGAACAAUAAUGAAAAUACCAACAACAAUAGCAGCAACAGUCAUUUUUUCGACAAAUCUCCUGUGGAGGAGGAUAUGAAAGUCGUGGGUAGUAAAAAGGACUUUUCGCUGUGUGCCGUGUCCGAUCAAGCUCUAGAAGAACAAUACCAGAACGACUAUGGAAUGUAUCCAGUCCAAUAUCCACAAUCCAUGCCAAUCCAUCAUGCCACUAGUGGGUUCCACCCUCCGUCCUAUCCAGCGCAGCUGCCGCGGAGACGCCCAGGGAGACCAAGGGUGAAAGGAAUUUUGGAAGAAGGAAGGACGGCUAAGGAGAAGAAAGUAAAAAGCCAGCACUUGUGGGAGUUUAUCUACGAGACGUUGAUGAACCCGCUGUACAACCCGCAGUAUCUGCGCUGGGAGAACCAGAGAGACGGGGUGUUUAGGUUCAUGCAGUCCGAGGCUGUUGCACAGCUGUGGGGGAGCAGAAAGAAUAAUGAAAACAUGACGUAUGAGAAACUCAGUCGGGCAAUGAGGCACUACUACAAACGCGGUAUCCUGGAGCGUGUUGAAGGACGAAGACUUGUCUAUAAGUUCUCUUUAAAAGCGAUGGACAAAGUAAGAGAGAAAAGAAGCAAUUCUUCUUCCUAAUGCUGAAUCUUCAUCUCUUUGUGCAAAUCUUUUUCGUGAAUACAAAACGUAUGCCAGAUGAUAAAACUGACCGACGUCUGUAGUGUAGCCGUUCCGUGCUUCGACAUUAUUAACACAAACACCAGACAUGAGCUCAAUUCCCUUUUUGGUAGGACUUUUCCAAAUUUAGUAACUCAGUCUGUCUGAUCGAACAUUGAAUCCCUCUAAGCCCGUCCGCCUAGAUUGUGUUGGUGGGCGCGUAAAACAUAUACAAUUACAUAGAAACAUUAACGGUAAUGAAAAGAACCUAUCACUGGCGCUCACCAACCACCCACUCAAAGCAUAAACAUUACACUGGAUCUCUUCAGAGCUGUAAAUACCAGCUUGAUCUCCUUCUCGGAAGUUUGGAGUUCGAAUCUGUGUUGGGCUCUGAUGAUGUUUCUUGGUUCUUUAGGAAAUGUGUACUAGCGGCCCGGCGAUGUGCCAAGAGUUAUUAUAUCGGAAUGAACUUACUAGGUAAAGUUAAUUCUGAAUUUACUUGACCUGAAGUUUGCUUCUACAUCAAGAAGAAGUUUCCAUUUUGCCUGGACGUACACCUUUUUUUUUUUUUGUCAUUGGGUUGCUGAUGCACACCUGUCGUGAUUUCUGUAUAGUUCAAUAUCACGCUAUGUUCAUAUUCUCUGUUUGUUAAUUCAAAUGUCUAACCAGUUGUAAGCCUUU